AGUGGAAGCAACAUCAGUCCUCCGUUCUCCGUGUUGAUGCCGUCAGCAACCAAUGGUGCGAAUGUGUGCGCUGUGACGAGCUGGUAAAUGAUUGUUAAUGUCGGAGCAGCUGGGCUGAAAAAGGGAGGAAGAGGCCAGGUGGACAAGGAGAUGCUGCUUGUGGAAGCAGCGCCUGCUGAUGUCCAAGAACCUGGCAGUCAUGUUGAAGCGACGUGUCUUGCGGGUGAGGAAUGCUCUGUUGAGAGAGUGCUUGGCCGAGUUCUUGGGCACUUUUGUCUUGAUGCUUUUCGGCUGCUCAGCGGCAGCGCAGGUGAAGACCAGCAGGGAGACCAAAGGCCAGUUUUUGUCCAUCAACAUGUCCUUCUCAGUGGGCGUAAUGUCGGCCAUGUACCUCACCAAAGGCAUCACAGGGGCCCAUCUGAAUCCGGCCGUAACACUCAGUUUCUGUGUGUUGGGCCAGGUGCCAUGGAAGAGGAUGCUGCCCUAUUGGCUCUUCCAAGUUCUGGGAGCAUAUGUUGCAUCAGCGCUUGUCUACAUGGUCUACUUCGAUGCAAUAAUGGAGUUUAGUGGCGGAAUACUGACUGUGUAUGGACCAAAUGAGACGGCAUCCAUAUUUGCCACAUAUCCUUCCGAGUACGUCACCUUGAGCACAAGUUUCCUCGACCAGGUGGUGGGCACCGGCAUGCUUAUGUUAUGCAUCCUCGGUCUGGACGAGAAGAGGAACACCCCGGCUCCUCGCGAGCUGAUCCCCGUUAUCGUGGCGGUCGUCGUGCUGGGCAUCUCCAUGUCCAUGUCGGGCAACUGCGGGGCGGCCAUAAACCCUGCCCGCGAUCUAGGACCUCGACUUCUUACACUGACUGCAGGGUGGGGCUCGGAGGUCUUCACGUGUUACAACUACUGGUUCUGGGUACCUCUGGUGGCCCCACUUGUCGGGGGUGUUUCAGGUUCGUUAAUCUAUUUAAUCUUCAUCCACUGGCACCUGCCCGACUCGGUUCCCCCCCAAGAGACGGACACGUCCUCCAAUUCCAGCGAUGUCAUUAAACAGGCCGCAAACACGCCACUGAUAGGGAUUGAGUUAAAGACGGCGUCAUUCUGAGACGGUCAUGGAAAAGUCUUAACAGGCAUUCUUGUACGUUGUCGUUAAGUUAGGAGGACUUUAUUAUUUUUUUGUCUGUAUUUCAUGCAUCAAUGAAGUGGACUUCAGCUUGGUAGAAAAAGUGAAGGAAUCUUGUGUCAUAAUGCUGUUUAUAUUUUUUUCCUGAUUAAUUUGAAUUUAAAUAAUUGCAUUUAUUUGUUUGUGUCUGUUUUUCUGAGCUGGACAAUAUUAAAAUGCGUUUUUGUUUUUCUGAAA